GCUGAUUGGUCGCCUGGGUUCUUCGAGUUCGCUUUUGGAACGUUUACCCUGGAGCUGAAGCCGAGGCCGGGGCUGGAGGUUGGCCUUCUCCUCUGGGUCGGAGCAGCGAUUUUCAAUGGAAUCGUACAAGUGAGCGAGGUCGCAGCGUUCCCACAGUCGAGCUUCCUCACGGCCCCUUUCUGGCGGAGCCGCGUCGGCAGACUACCAGUGUUUUUCCAUUUACGUUUGGGCAGAAAACAUAUCUGUUUCAAGGCACGUUAGAUCCAGAAGCAAACUUUGAAGCCAAAGAGAUUGUUGUAAAGGGAAAAAAAAUGAAGAUGUGAAAGAUACUUUGCCAUUAAAAAGUUUGCUAUAUGAUCAGAGCAGUAUGGAGUAUAUAUCUCCUAGGCCCACAGAAUGCAAAUUUCUUUAGCCUAAGAUGGGCACUCCAGCCUCCGUGGUGAGCGAGCCACCCCCUGGGCAGGCACCAGCAGGAGUCCGGGGACGAAAGCAAGCCUCUGCCAACAUCUUCCAGGAUGCGGAGCUGCUACAAAUUCAAGGCUUAUUUCAGCGCAGUGGUGACAGGCAGGCUGAGGAACGUGCACAGAUCAUCUGGGAGUGCGCUGGGGACCCCAGGGUGGCCGAAGCUUUAAGGCAGCUUAGAAGGAAGAAAAGACGGCCACUGGGCCACUCACUGCAGCACUGCAGUCGACGUAGAGUACCUGAGGACUGCUCUCCACCUGCUGACCCCUCAAGCAGUACCAUGGAGUUGACCGCCAAUGGGCAGCACCUAAACCCAAGAACAAGUGCCAGGAACCGGCGGAGCUGGAGAAAGACAAGCCCCACAAGUUAUCUCCACCAGAUUAGACACUGACCUCCGGGGGGUGGCUAGGGUUAUCCUCUCCAGGAAUCCAGAUGUUCCCUGAAAGGAUCUCUUUUGAGGGGAUGUGGGGAGGCGGAGAAAGAAGCGAGCCCUGAAUCAGCCAGCCACAUCAGGGCAGACGAAGGUUAUAGCAAACGGGGCAAUUGCUGCCUACCUACUCAGUUAAGGAAUAGGUGGGGGGCUUCUACUGAUCUCUUCAUUGUCUGGGAACUUACUCUUCCCCAGAAUGAGAGAGAACAUUAUCUGCCCCUGCCAUUAAACAACCCCCUCCUUCCAAACUAACACUAUAGUGAGACUAAACUACAUUCCUCCAGACUUCUGAUGGAUCCAGGCUCAGGCCUGGGUUAUUUAUGACUAAGUCCUUAACCAGUAGUCUAACAGGCCCAUCCCAGGGAUGUCAAUAAUAAUUCAGAGCACUUUAAGGUUUACAAAGCACUUUACUCACAAUAACCCUUUGAGGUAGGUAGUGCAUUAUUUCCCCCACUUUAUAGAUGAGGAAACAAAGUCAGCAAGGUUAAUAGACUUGCCCAUGGUCACACAGCGAGUUAAGUGUCAGAACUGGGAUUCAAACCAAGAACUCAACUCUGGGUUCAGCACUCUUUCCACUACACCAAGCUGCCUCUUUCUUUGCCUACCUGCCAAAAAGACAAAGGCAAAGAGAAAACUCUGGCUAGAGUUUCCUUGAGUGGAUAAGAAUAUUUAAUAAUAAAAAUUUCUCAAUGAA